AUGAAGGUGGCAGUUCUGUGUUUAUGCCUUAUCAGCAUCACCGCUGCAUGGCCAGUGAGUAAAUCCAAGAAGCAUGCCAUUUCUGCCAGCUCUGAAGAAAAAUAUGACCCCAGGGGCCAUCACUCACACAGAUAUCACCACCACCACGUGAAUUCUCAGUCUUGGGAGAGUCUGCAGCACUCACAGAAUGACCUGGCGUCACCUCAGCAGACUCUUUACUCUUCAGAAGAAAGCGUGGAUGUCCCAGUACAACCGCACUUUCCUGAUGUGUCAAGCAAGAGCCAUGAAGAUGUGGAUGAUGACGAUGAUAACGAUUCAAAUGACACAGACGAAUCCGAUGAGGUUGUCACAAGUUUUCCCACAGACAUUCCAGUAACUGUACCCUUCUCUCCUUUCCCUUUCACCCGGGGAGACAAUGCCGGCAGAGGCGACAGUGUGGCCUACAGGGUGAGAGCAAAAGCCACAGUGGUGAAGUCUAGCAAACUCCGCAAAGCUGCAAAAAAGCUCAUUGUGUAUGAUGCCACUGAGGAGGAUGAGAGCGCCCUGGAUGUAGACAGCCAGCAAGCAGGGCUCUCCCGGGAGGAUCCUGCUGCCUGCCGCUCCCUGGGGAAGCAUGCCAUCAGCGGGGAAUGGGCUGACAAGAGCCAUGGGCAGGACAGCAGCGAGCUGGACAGCAAGCAGCGUGACCGGAGCGUGGAAAGCGGCAGCCGGCAGAAACUCGACAGCCAUGAGGCAGAAGACGAUAGCAAGGCUGGUGUCAGAGGGAAUAGCCACCAGAGCAUGGAAAGCAGGGAGAGCCAGGUUCAUGUUUCAGCUGAGAUCCCCGAUGAUAACAGCAAUCAAACGAUGGAGAGUGCCGAGGAUGCUCAAGAUCAUCACAGCAUCGAAAAUAACGAAGUCACCCUUUAA